AUGGGCCUCUCGCCAACUCGCUCCAGGCACCUCGGUGGCGGCGGCGGCGGCAUCGGUGGCUCAGCCGCCGGCUCCGACCUGCCGCUCGCCGACCUCUCGACCAACCUCCGGGACAUGAAGCUCGGCGGCUCGCCUUCCAAGGGCGCCAAGUCGGCCGGUGCUCGACACGCCCCCCUCGGUCGCAAGGACAGGGACGAUAGCGGCACCUUCAGCAUCUCGGACCUCAAGACGGGCGUCACAAAGGACUGGCAGGGUCCGGACAAGCUGCUCAAGUCCAAGAUGACGUCCAGCAUCAGCCGGGGCGACCGAUACAUCCCCAACCGCGAGCUCAACAAGUCGACUGGCCCCGGCGCUGCCUCGUUGGCCGACGAGGAUGCCAACGACACCAUCCGCUCGCAGUCUUCGAGCGACGGCGUCGACUCCAACAUCAUCGCCGCCAACAUCGCCGCCGUCAACGCCAUCCCCACCGACCUCGAGGGCGGCCAGACGCUCGAGCAGGCUGCGCAGGCCGAGCGCGGCCAGAGGAUCCUCUCGUUCUCGGCUGCCUGCCCGGGAACUCCCGCCGGACCCGACGUGAGGAGCCGGUACGCUGUGGCCAAGCCCAAGACGGCGCUGCCGAGCAGCCUCAACAGCGCCGGACGAAGGAAGAUCCCCACCAACCCGGAGCGCACCCUAGACGCGCCCAAUAUGGUCGACGACUACUACUACAACUUGCUCGACUGGUCCUCGACCAACAUUGUCGCCAUCGCGCUGCAGACGGGCGUGUGGCUGUGGAACGGCAACACGGGUGAUGCCUCGCAGCUGCUCGACACGACGACCCAGUCGGAGCGCGUGGGCGGUAACGGCCUCAUUACGGGCCUCCGGUGGGACGCCGACGGCAACAUCCUCUCCGUUGGCCUUGAGGGCGGCUACACGCAGAUCUGGGACGUCGAGAGCUCCUCGCGGCUGCGCACGCUCAAGCCGAGCGCCGAGGGAGGCGCCGACAAUGCGGCGGUCAACGUCAUGGCGUGGGCGCCAGACGGUACGCUCAACGCCGGCUUCCAGUCGGGCAUCAUCAAGGAAUUCGACGUUCGCGAGCGCGACGCCCUGACGCGCACGCUGGAAAAGGCGCACUCGGGUCCCGUGUGCGGCAUGGAGUGGCGCGCCGACAGCGCGCUGCUGGCGACGGGCGGCAACGACAACGUGGUCAAGGUGUGGGACCGGCGCACGUCGGUGCCCAAGAUGCGCAAGGAGAACCACCAGGCGGCGGUCAAGGCGCUUGCGUGGUGCCCGCACAACCUGAGCAUGCUGGCGACGGGAGGCGGCACGAGCGACCGCAAGAUCCACGUGUGGAACACAACGCAGAACUCGCGCACGCUGUCGAUCCAGACGAGCGGGCAGAUUACGUCGCUCAAAUGGUCGCAGCACUACCGGGAGCUGGUCUCGACGCACGGCAUCGGCACCCACGAGAGCGCCAAGGGCAUGAUCAACAUCUGGUCGCACCCGUCGGGCCAGAAGGUGGCCGAGAUUGAGGCGCACGAGCAGCGCGUGCUCCACGCCAGCCUGAGCCCGGACGGCGAGGUGCUGGCGACGGUGAGCGACGACGAGGAGCUCAAGCUGUGGCGCGUAUUCGAGAAGCCCGUCGAGGUGGGCAAGGCCGGCAAGACACCCGGCGCGCUCGGCGCAAAGAGCGGAAACAUGUCGAGCGUGCGCACCCUCCGCUGA